UGGUUUCCAUUAACUUUUCAUUAUUUUCCAAUGGCAUUGAGCACCCAAAGAGCCUCUGCAUCUUUUCUCUCGAAUGAAUCAACUCCUCGAUGGAAGUAUGAUGUGUUUUUGAGUUUUAGGGGUGUAGACACCCGUAAGGGUUUUGUAUCCCAUUUAUACCAUGAAUUGUGGGAGUGCCAAGGAAUUACUACUUUCUUUGACGAUCAAGAGCUAGAAGAAGGAACAAGUAUUCCUCUUGAGCUCCUGAGUGCGAUCAAAGAAUCGCAUAUUGCAAUCGUUGUUCUCUCACCAAACUAUGCUUCUUCCAAAUGGUGCUUGGAUGAACUUACAACCAUUCUUCAGUGCAUGGAAGCCAGGAACUCAGUUCUGCCGGUUUUUUAUGAGACAGAUCCAUCUAACGUUGGAAAUCAAAGGGGGUCUUUUGCCAAAGCCUUUGCUGAGCAUGAAGAAAAGUUCACUAGUACCGAAGAGAAAAAGAAGGUGACCCAAUGGAGAGAAGAUCUAAAAAAAGUAUCCAAAAUUUCUGGGUGGCAUUCGAAGGAAUCUAAGUGUGAAAGGGAGCUUAUUGAAAAAAUUGUCCAAAGCGUGUGGAGGAAAGUGCAAUCGACAUUCACGUUGUCAAACUCCUCACAGAAAUUUGUUAGGGUUACUUCUAGGCUUGAGCAAUUAAGUCUGCUAUUAGCUCAUGAUGCCAAUGAUGUUCGUUUUAUAGGGAUAACGGGGAUGGGUGGCAUCGGUAAGACAACCCUUGCUAAGCUAGCUUAUGAUAAAAUCUUCCAUCAUUUUGAAGUUCAUUGCUUUCUUGGCAACAUUAGAGAGGUUUCUAAAAUAAACCGUACUCUAAUUGGCCUUCAAAAAAGACUUCUUUUUCCAAUGUUGAAGGCAAAGAUUGAAGAAAUUUGGGAUGAAGAGUGCGGAAUCAUUUUCAUUAAGAAGUGCUUACGCAAUAAAAAGGUUCUUCUUGUCCUUGAUGAUGUGGAUGAUUUAAAACAACUUGAAGUACUGGCUGGAAAUCAAAGUUGGUUUGGUAUGGGAAGUAGAAUUGUGAUUACGACUAGAAAUGAAGGGUUGCUGGUCCAACAUGGUAUAGCAACAUCAUAUAAGAUGCAGGGGUUGAAUGACUGCGAAGCACUUGAGCUCUUUUGUCUGAAUGCCUUUAUGAAAGAACAACCCGAGGAAGAUUUUUUGGAACUCUUUGAGCAUUUCCUAAAAUAUGCCAGAGGCCUUCCACUAGUUCUUAAAACACUAGGGUCUUUUUUGUAUACGAGAGGUCAAGAUGCAUGGAACAGUAUGUUGGAAAAUAUUCAUAGAAUCCCUAAUCCAACAAUUUUCAAUUCACUCAAAAUCAGUUAUGACGGACUAGAGGACAUGGAGAAGAGAGUUUUUCUUGAUGUUGCAUGUUUCCAUAAAGGGAAGUGCAUGCAGCAACUUUUUCGAAUACUAGACAAUUCAUUUGAAAUUUCUAGUAGUGUUGUGAUAGAUCUACUAAUUGAAAAAUCUCUCUUAACUAUUGAAGAAUGCUUCCAAUAUGAUAAUUCAGCCCAGUACUGCAUAGGUAUGCAUGAUUUGAUACAGGAAAUGGCAUGGACUAUUGUUGGUCAAGAGUCUAAAGAGUCUGGUCUACGCAGUAGAUUGUGGCUUCUCAAUGACAUUAUCCAUAUACUCACGACCAAUACGGGAACGAGAGCUAUUGAAGGUAUAGUCUUACAGUUACCCGAAAUAGAAGAGGUAGUGCAUUGGAAUUGUGAAGCCUUCUCUACUAUGCAUGGAUUGAGGUUUUUAGAAUUCGACAAUUUGAUCAUUUCUUCAAGUCCCAAAUUUCUUCCAUGUUCCUUGAGAAUUAUGAUUUGGAGUUGGUAUCCUUCCAAGUCUCUUCCACCAAGCUUUCACCCACGUUUCCUUACUGAACUAAGAAUGCCUCAUAGCAAACUUGUUCGUUUAUGGGAUGGAAAAGAGAACUUCCCCAAGUUGAAAUAUAUUGAUCUGAUUAAGUCAAAUAAAUUGAUCGGCACCCCAGAUUUCACUGGUAUUCAAAAUCUCGAGGAGUUGGUUCUUGAGGAUUGUACGAAGUUAGUUGAGAUUCAUCUAUCUAUUGCAGUUCUUAAAAAACUUAAAGUUUUGAAUCUUCGUGGCUGUAAAAGUAUUAAGAGACUCCCAAGUGAGGUAGAAAUGGAUUCUCUUGAAUAUUUAGAUCUUACCGAAUGCUCCAAAGUGAAAAGGAUUCCAGAAUUUUCGAACCAGAUGAGAAGUUUGUCCAAGCUUUUAUUAGGUGGGACUGCGAUUGAGAAAUUACCUUCAUCGAUUGGACAUCUGGUUGGACUUACUGUACUGGGUAUCAUUAAAUGCAGAAAUCUGUUGGAUAUUCCUAUUGAGAUUUGUAAUUUGAAAUCUCUUAAAAGGCUGCUAAUCGGCCGAAGUUUGAAAAUCGAAAAACCCCCAGGGAAAAGCGGUAUAAGAGAGCCGUUUGUUUAUAUGAAAAAUCUGAGAUCUCAUUGGUUUGGUGGAUCAAUUGCUAAACCAAGGGAUGAUUGGGGCCUUCUCCGCUUACUUGGAAUUAGAAAGAGCGAUGAGCCUUGUUGGGGUUUGGUGUUAUCUUCUUUAUAUCAUUUCCGUUGUCUGGAGGACUUACAGCUACGUUAUUGUGAUCUUGGUGAAGGUGAUAUCCCUGAUGAUAUUGGUUGCUUGUCCUCUUUACGAAAGUUAAAUCUUUGUGGAAACAAUUUUGUUACCCUUCCAGCAAGCAUCAAAUGCCUUUCUCGACUUGAGUCUCUUUGUUUGGAGGCGUGCGAAAGACUUGAGCAACUGCCAGAUCUUCCAUCAAAUAGCAAAUUACUCGUAAAUGUAAAUCAUUGUACUUCAUUGAAAAGGUUGUCGGAUCCAUCCAAGUUGGGCAGCAGAUUCGCCAAUUUGUAUGAUUUUAAUUUCAGUUCUAUGAAUUGCAUUACACUGGUGGAAGAUGGAGACUGGAUUAAUACAAUAUAUUCAAGGAUCGUGAAAUACGCCACUCAGGGACUCUUUCUUGAUUGGUACAAUAAUUAUAUUGUAUGCCCCGGAAAGGUGAUUCCGAAGUGGUUCAACAAUCAAACUGUGGGACAUUCGCUAAAUGUGGAGCUACCUCCCCAAUCAUGUAGCAGCUGGAUGGGGAUUGCUUUUUGUGUUGUUUUUGCACAAGAUAAGGAAACCUUGGGAAUUCCAGCUGGCCUUCUCUAUUAUCAAUGCAGGAUUCGGGAUUCACCUUGGACUAGAUGUACGCAUUGGUAUCCUGAUAUAAGGCCUCUUGUGUCGGAACACCUUUGGGUAUUCUUUUUACGUCACGUAAUAUGUCAUCAAGAACAGUUUCUAUUUGAAACUUGUUAUUGCGAACCGGGUAUGACUGAACCCAAAGGAGGCUUGAAUAUGGUGAAGAAGUGUGGGGCUCGUUUGGUGUACAAGAAAGAUUUGGAAGAACUCAACCGAACACUGAAAAUCUUGAAACGAACACAUGACUAUUGUGAAGAGGCAGCUUCAAGUCAAAGUCCUACUUUUGAAGAACAUACCCGCAAAAGGCAGAAGGAAGACGAAUAAUUGUUUUAUGUUUUGUUAACCAUUCAAUGCCUCAGAGCUGUACUCGAAAGCUUUUCUCAGAAUCCAUAUUAGUAAGUCACCAUCUCAAUCCCAGCAUAACCUACAUAAUAUCUGAGUAUUAUUUUUUUCCUCUUUUGAGCUAUAAAAUUUUAAUUUCCUAGCCAUGCAGAUUGGAGAGCUUAAGCAAAAUUAAUAAUGCAAGACUAUCGAUGUUAUAGAAAUUAACACAAGCACUAAUUGUUCAGUUGAUCUCUUUCUCU